UUCAUUUGAUGUUCAAUGUUCGCUUGUGAAUAUGAAUGUAGAAUCCAGCAUCAUCUAUUGUGAUCGUUGCCAUCCAUCAGCUUUGGUGAAUAGAAACACUCCAUCAUUGAAUGGUGAUUAUUAUUUUACCAAAUGUGGUAAAAUAUUUUGCAAAACAUGUAUAUCAUUGCGAACAGAAUGCAGUAAUUGUGGUCCAAACUGUGCCAGUAAAUUGAUCGAUAAACAUUUGAACUUGGAAAUGGGAAUUUAUUUUCGCGAUUACACACAUCUAAGCAAAAGUUUGAAUUCAGUGUAUCUAUUUCAGAUGAAACGAUAUCGACAAAGUAUACAAUAUUUGCUGAAAGCAAAUUACAAAGUGAAGAAAUCAUUGGCCGAAAGAACUGCGAUUCAGUUAAGAAUUGAUGAAAAAGAUCGAGAAAUCGAACAACUGGAACGUCAACUAAGUGAAUUGGAACGAGAACAACGAGAUUUUCAACAACAACAAACACAUCGAUUGGUAAACCUAUCGGAAGCACCGAAUGAUUCAUUCAUGGCCACAUUUAUGCAUCAUGUUGAUAAACAAUUGAGCAAUCAUCAACCAGCAAGCAACAUGGAUCAUCACUUUCUCAAUCAUCAGGAAUUAGAUUUCAAUGUUGAUGCCGUUGACUCUGCUUUUCGACGUCGAACUAUGGAAUUUAACUCUAACCAACAACAAUCGAAUCUACCUGCACCACCGCUAUCAUCAGCUGGUUUGCACAUGUACAACAGUCCAAGUAUUCGAAGUCGAGGUUCUGAUAAAAGUUCAACAAUAGGUUUAGCCUAUCCCAUACGAAGAGAUCAACAGAAAUCUCAACAACAACAACCAAGAAUUGAAACAAGUCAACAUAGUCAUGACAUGCGAACAACAUUCAUUCAAGCAUCACAAUGGAAUCGAUCACGAUUAUCAUUUGAUUAUAGAAAGGCUUAAAUUGAAAUUACAUUAUUUUAAU